AUCCAGCUGCAUUUCAAUUCAAUACCCUGCCUCGCCCGGCAUCUGUUCGGAAAUUCCGUUUGAUCAUGGCGAACAACACCUUUGAGACUGAUGUCGUGCGGCCUGCAGAGGGCUUUCCUCGUCCCUCGCACGACAUAGACGUUGAGAAGAGGGGCGAUGAAGCAGUCCACUCCCACGAGACGGCCAGCGACGCCGAGUCCAAGUCCAUCGAGUCGGACAACUUCCAGAAUGGCGUUCAACGUGUCCGCGCCAUCACCGAGAUAUGGAGCAAGAAGACUCUGAUCACCAUGUUCAUAUUCUUGUACCUUAUCGAGUUUGUUGCUUUCCUACAAAAUGCCAUUGAUGCAGCGCUGAACCCUUACAUUACCUCGGCUUUUGGAAGACACGGCCUGUUGACCGUCUCGAGCGUCAUGGCAACAGCACUGAGUGGUUGUGUUCCCCUCCUUAUUGCAAAAGUGAUCGACGUUUUCGGUCGCGUAGAGGGCUUCUUCCUUAUGCUCCUUCUCGUCGUCUGCGGUAUGGCCAUGAAGGCCGCUUGCCAGAACGUGCAGACAUAUAUGGCUGGUCAUGUUCUCUACUGGGCUGGCCAUAUUGGUGUGCUCUAUGUUGCUGACAUCAUGGCUGCCGAUAUCACCACGCUGAAGAAUCGAAUGAUUAUCCUCACUAUCAACGGAACGCCUCGUAUUGCUAGCACUUUCGCCGGUCCUAGGAUUGCGGAGCUGUUUUACUACAAGAACAACUGGCGCUGGGCUUUUGGUGCAUUCAUCAUCAUCUUCAUUGGCUGCUGCCUUCCCGGCCUCGUUGUCAUGAUUUUCAUGUACCGCAAGGCUAGGAAGGCCGGGCUGACCAAGACGGAAAAGUCGGGUCGCAAUGCCCUGCAAUCAAUCUGGUACUAUUUUGUGCAGUUUGAUGUUUUUGGCAUCAUACUCAUCAUGUGCGCGUGGUGCUUAUUCGUUCUGCCCUUUACUCUCGUAUCCUACGCUCCCAACGGCUGGAAGACACCUUACAUCAUUGCCUGCAUCGUGCUCGGUCUCGUUCUCUUCCCGGUCUUCUACAUUUGGGAGGCCAAGUUCGCGCCUGUCCAGUUUUUGCCUUGGAUCUACCUUAAGAAUGGAACCAUUGUUGGCUCAUGUCUUCUCUAUGGAGUCAUGUUCCUCUCCGUGUUUUGCUGGAACGGAUACUUUUACUCAUACCUGCUGGUCGUUCACAGGCAAAGCAUCACGCAUGCUAGCUACAUUCUCAACGCCUUCUCGCUUACGUCGUCGGUUUUCAGCCCCAUAAUUGCAUUGUGGAUCAGGCAUUCUGGCAACUUCAAGUGGACUGCUUACACUGGUGUUCCCAUCGUCCUACUUGGUACCGCACUCUUGAUUCCUUUCCGGAAUCCAUCUACCAACCCAGGUGUCCUUGCCUUUACACAAGUUCUUGUUGGUCUUGGUACGGCAUUUUUCGCCACUUGUGCUCAGCUCGCGGUCAUGGUCCCCGUCACACACCAAGAGAUUGCUGUAAUCAACGCCAUCUGGGGACUAUUUGGCAGCUUCGGCUCCUCAAUUGGUUACGCCAUUGCUGGCGCCAUGUGGAACAACAUUCUUCCCGGACAACUCCUCAAGCGCCUUCCUGAAUCUAGUAAACCAGACUACCGCACCAUCUUUGGCGAUAUUGAAGUUCAAAAGGCUUUCCUGGACGGUACACCUGAGCGCGAUGCUAUCGUUGGUGCAUACGGUGAUGUGCAGCGCAAGAUGGUCAUCACAGGUGCCUGUUUCGUUCCCCUUUGCUUGGCCUGCAUUUUUGUUUGGAAGAAUAUCAACCUCAAGAAGCUGGAGGAAGAGAAGGGCAAGCAGACCAAGGGAAAUGUUUUCUAG